AUGUCUGAGAAUUCUACUAAUUUUACUGGAAUCACAGAUAGUCGAUAUGCACUCAUGGCAGCAUUUGUUCAUGGAUUUAUUGCGAUAUUUGGAACCUUAACUAAUGCUGUUGUCAUGUUGACGUAUUUAAAAUGGCGUCGAACUAUGUUCGAGACGCCUCGCGACCUUUUAAUUUUUACUUUGGCCUUGGCAGAUUGUAUUACGUCGCUUUUCGUCGCGCCUAUUGGAAUGGCUGCUUCGAUUGCAGGAAGGUGGUCAUCCGGACGGGCGGGUUGUGUUUGGUAUGGAUUUGUUUCAACUUGGACGGGGUUGACAUCAAUUCUUCAGUUGACAGGCAUAGCUGCAGAGCGAUAUUUUACUUUAGCUCACCCAGAUCUACACUGGUCAAGUAUAUGCAAGAA